CUAUUCUUAAAUGAUUAUAGUUACUGUCCACUCUACUCUUGUUUUACCCAAGUUUGAUGGUUUUGUUUGGCUUUGUUGUUGUUGUUUAUUUCUCAUGGAUGGUCCAUGGGUCAUUGAGAGCUUAGACUCUCUUUGGUUCUUCACCAACAUUUUUGCAUCAAAGAACGAGUCUUUGGAUUCAGCCAGUGAUGGAAUUGACACACAAGAACAUGUCAAUGAUGAGCCUUCCAAAGAAGAAUCAUCCGAACCCAUUUCUCCAAUCCUUCAAAACCAGCCAGAUGAGUUGCCAAAUGAUGAGAAUUUGGACCCAAUGUGCACCAAAUGUGGUGAAUUUGCUGAUGAAAUUGAACCCCAGAUGGCCAAUCAUGUUGAAGAUGAAGUGAUCGAGCUCAAAAUGUCAGCUGAGAAGGAAGAGAGAAGGAAGACAAGGAGAAGAAGCAGCAAGAGAGGGUUGAGUCAUAGGAAAGAGAUUCUUGGAGAGCUUGAUUUGUGCCUUGAUGUGGAGGAAGUUUCUAUGUUUUCAAUGUUUAAGGAAACAUGUGGGUAUCAGAAUCAGAGUUUUGGAGAUCAACAUCGAAGUAAGAAUCUGAUGCCAUCAUUCAAAGAUAAUGUGGCCAUGAAAGAGCAUCUCAAGUAUUGGGCUUAUGCAGUUGCCUGUACUGUCAGAUAAACCAAUUUGAAGGUGGGGACUAGCUCUCUUAACUUAGCAUAGGAUUGCGUCUCAUGGUCACGGACUUACUCUCUAAUUUAACCCUUUCUUCUCUCCUUUUUCUCUUGCUUUGUUUCAAAUUAGACUAAAUUAGGUAAUAUGGGAUGCUCAUGACAGUGUAUUGAUCUGUGUAAGAAUUUGGCUUGAUCUAGUUAAUCCAACAAAGUUACAAAUUUCCUCUUCCUUUUAUUUGUUUAUUU